AUGUAAAAUUAUGCAGUCAUUUACCCUUCACUUGGAAUGAUAGCUUUCACAGCUCUUUCAAAAUUCUUUAAUAUCGAAAACGUAUAUCACUAACGUGCAUUAAUUAUUUACAUUAAUAUUUGUUUUUCUAUUUAUGUGAUCUUCUUUGAUCCACUUUUAGAUACUCCAACGAUGUAUUUUAGAGGAGCACAUUAAAUGGCCAUUAACAUAAUAAAUAUAUUAGGAAUUGAAUUUUUAGAUUCAACAAUGACGAUUAUUUUAUUGUACUCACUUAGAAUACUUCAUCUAGUAUAAAACAGUCCUAGUAUUGACAUCACUACAAUAAUAUUGGGCUUUGGAGCUAAUUUAUCAUUAAUUAUUAUUGUCUAUUUUUAUAAUAAAGCAAUAAGAUCAUAAUUUCUGUUAACUAAAAUGGAUUAAAGAUGGGAAAAUAUAUUAAAAUAGAUUCUUCACAAUUAAAAGUUUAUCUUAAUCAAUUAUCAAGUUGAAAAAUUGUAAUUUUAAAGUAUAACAUCAACAUUUUCACCAACCAUUCAAUCAUAAGUUGAGGUCAUGAAUUUUUUAAGAGAAGCCAAAGUAGACAAUAUCUCCUUAGAACAGUGUUUAUUUUAUAAAUUAUAAGAAUUCUCUUAAAAAUAUUUGGAAAUUGUGAAUGAUUCAUUAAAUGUUAAGUUUGAUAAAUAAUUAAUUUAAGUUGAUUUUUCUAUCUUUUUUGGAAAUCAACCAACUAUCCUAAUUCAAACCAGUUAAUCAAAAUUACAUAUUUAAAAUUAGGAAGCCAAUAAAGUUAGUCAAUUAUAUCUAAAAUUAUUAACUGUUUUUAUUAAAAUAAUAAAGGAAGAUAUACCUUUUAAUUAUAAUCAGUUCCAUAAUUUAGCUAAUAAGAUAUAACUGUAAGAUAAAAUUACUUAAAUGUGGAAUAAAUAAAUGAUAUCAAAAAUUUUAAGUUUAAAGAAAUCUGUAUCUAAAAUUUAAGCUUUUUGUAAUCCAAAAUCAAAAAUUUAACUAGUUGGCUCAGAUAUAUUUUUAAACACAAUUCCAAAAAUAUUUAAUUUAUUAUUAGCUUGUAUUCUAGAUAGUUCAACAAGUGAAUUAAUCAUUAUUAAAGGUGAAUCUAUGGAAAAUUAAUUGAAGAUCAUUAAAAUACAAGGAACUUUUAAUAUUAGGAAACUAAAUUAAUUCACUCUUAAAAUUAAGAAUUAUUUGCUUCUCAUAUGCAAAGAAAUAAAAGCAGAAUAGUAUUGUAUCAAUCUUGAACUUAAUGAAGAAAUUCUUUAACCAUUUAAUAAUAAUAUAAUGCCAUAACUACAUUUUAAUUAUUCUAAGAAAAAGCGAACUUAAUUAGUUAAUAUUGAAUGA